CCCAAGCCUGAGGUCUGCCUCUGCAUUGGUUCCAACCCUUCUGCAUUUUCCAUGCACGGAUGGGCGCCCUCCGUGUCCCUGCUUCCAGCGACACUGGGGGGAAGAUGGGGAAGAGAACUCGUGUCAACAGGAUAUUUGUAAAGUUUCCAACCCCUGACUGAGAAUGUAACCGAUGCCACAAUAUUAAAUACUCGGGGAGGAUUUCCAGCUUCCCAUUUCACAGAUGAGGAAAUGUCAUGCCGUGGUGUAACUUGGCCCGAGAACACAUGGGUAUUCUGUGGCUCCGGCCGGGGGACUCAGGUCGGCCUGUGGCACAGACCCACACUCUGCCUUGUCCCAGAGCUCGAGGAUCACGUUCUCACCCCAGGGGUUCAUCUGGGGAGGAGGUCAGCCCUCAUCGGAGCAGAGCAGGGGAGAAGCAUCUUUAGGAGGCCCAGGCCCUCGUUCUGUCUCAUUGGCGGGAAGAGUGGGAAGGACAUGCGAGCAUUCUUCCCCUUUGUGGGAGACUGCUGAUGUAGAAACCCCAAGACGUGCCCCAGCUGACACAUCCUGUCCCCUUGUCAGCUUCAGACUCCGUCCUUCAACCCACAGGCCUCAGGACGGUGCAGGCCACAGGGGUCUGGACAUGUGUCCCCGUUCCACCACCUUCCUGGCCCUCGCGCUCUGCCUGGGCUGGGUGCACCUCACUCAGGAAGGGACCCUGCGCAGGCCCUCCAUCUGUGCUGAACCGGCCCCCGUGGUCGCCCUGGGGCAGCUUGUGACCAUCGUGUGCCGGAGCCCCGGCGGGUUUGAGGCGUUCCGCCUGGAGAAGGAGGGGAAUGCCUUGAAACCAGAUGUCGUGGAGGCACCGCCGGGCGAGACGGAGGCCAGAUUCCACAUCAUCGCGCAUGAAGGGAUUGAGGGGAAGUACCACUGCGUCUAUCUUAAAGACCGCACCUGGUCUGAGCGCAGCGCGGAGCUGGUGCUGGUGGUGACAGAGACCCCUGGAAACGUCAGCUCCCCGCCACCACAGACCUACAGCUCACCUGGGGACACACAGAUGCGUGGGGAUCACAGUAACAGCCCAGACCUGUCGACAGAGCAUGUGUAUAUUUUCAUUGGGGUCUCUGUGGCCUUGUUCCUUUGUCUCCUCCUCCUGGUUCUCGCCUUCCUCCGUUGUCAGCGUCGGAAAAAACACAGGCUCCCCGGCAGCCAAGGUGAGGAGCAGAGGCCCCAGGAAAGGGUCAGCCCAGCUGUCGACCUUCCCCAGAGGACACCAGAUCUGGCAACAGUCGGCAGACUUCCUGAGAAGGACAGGGAAGCGCCCAGCUCGGCCCCGUCUGCAGGAAGCCCCCAGGACGUGACGUACGCUCAGUUAGACCACCAGAUCCUCGCACAGAGGACAGCCCGAGGCACGUUCCCACGGUCCACGGAGCCCACGGCCGAGUCCAGCACUUAUGCAUCACUGGCCAGACCCUGACUCCGGACCCACCUGGCCUCUGCUCCUAGAGACACGGGAAGUCACUCCUGCAGAAGCGUGAGGUGGCCAUUUGGAGGGCUUCCCUACAGAAUCAUCCCUUUCUGGAAAGCCAUGCGGUCAGCUCUCCUGGAGGCCAGAGGUGCACUCAGGAGACUCCUAAUCAGCGUCUAGGAGGUUCGUUAACCACGUGGUCCCUCCGAAAACCAACUAGAUGCUUGCAGAGAAUGUGGAGCACUUCAUUUACAAACACCCAGAGCUACAGACCCCUGGCAGUUUCCAGACACUCAGCUAUGGUCCCACGGUCACCCACAGGUGAUUCCAGAUGUGUCCUGUGUGUCCCCAACUGCCCCCAGAGGCUCUGAUUUACUCGUCUUCCAGAGUUCAGUAGUUGAUCCAGAACCCGGGCUAUACUUGGGCAGCUGAUCUGCAUCUGUUUCACGUGACCUAGUCUCCAAAUUCCACAUCUGGGAGGUGCCCCCACACCUCUCUCCCUGAACCCCAGGAUCUAAUCUUGUGGGCGGGCCUCAUGGAUCCGUGAUUUAUUUUAUUUUUAUUUUGAGAGAGAGGGAGCGAGUAUGCACGUGUGAGUGGGGGAGAAGCAGAGAGAGAUUGAGAGAUUGAGAGAGAGAGAGAGAGAGAGAGAGAGAAUCCCAAGCAGGCUCCACACUGACAGCAUGGAGCCUGAGGCAGGGCUUGACCCCAUGACCUAUGAGAUCUUGACCUGAGCCAAAAUCAAGAGUUGGACACUCAACCGACUGAGCCCCCCGGGCACCCCUCCCCCUGUUGUUUCUUAACCCACAGAUCAGGCUUCCGUUCACAAUUGCCCACUUGCUUACUUACCACUGUUGCUGGUUGCUACAGGGUUUGUAAACAAGGCAGCCCCAUGCUGCCUCUACAGCAAACGUUUGGGGUCUGCACGGCCACGUCCCCGAGUAGGACCAGCUGUGCCACCAGAGGAUAUGGGGUGUCCAAGGCACCCUGCCAGGAGAGCCCCGAAGCUACUGUGGGCCGGACGUGUUGUGUCUCUACCAGACUUACGGGGUCAGCCUCGAGGACCCCACUGGGAUUUAAAUUUACCCUGACAACUGCUAGGGAGCUUUAGUGAAACAUUCUGGUUGAUUUUUGUGUCUUUUAUUUCUUUGGUCUGGGUGGGGGGGAGGGGGGAGGGGGGCAGUAAGAAACCUGCCUGCCUGCCUGCUAUAGGUCUUGUACUGAAAGUUUUAUUAUAUAUUAAAAGAAUGUUUUUUAUUUUAAAGUUUUUAAUUUAUGUUGAGAGAGAGCAUGAGUAGGGGAGGGGCAGAGAGGGAGAGAGAGAAUCCCAAGCAGGCUCCACACUGACAGCAGUGACUGUGGGGCUCAGUCCCACAAACCAUGAGAUCAUGACCUGAGCCAAACCCAAGAGUUGACCGAGCCACCCAGGUGUCGCUAAAAGAAUAUUUCUUUAAACAUUCGACCUAAACUGGGGCACCUGGGUGGCUCUGUCAGUUAAGCAUCGGACUUUAGCUCAGUUCAUGAUCUCAUGGUCUGUGAGUUCAAGCCCUGCAUCAGGCUCUGUGCUGACAGCUCAGAGUCUGGAGCCUGCUUCAGGUUCUGUAUCUCCCUCUCUCUCUGCCCCCCCCCCUUGAUCGCCCUCUCUCUCUGUCUCUCAAAAAUAAAUUACCAUUUUUUAAA